UCCUGAGUCAGCUGCUCAUGGCCUGGACUUUCACUCCAUGACUUGUCAAAUGCACAAGUCUUUGUGUGUAGUGUGCACACCACACUUCCACGAUGGGAUCAUUGAGCUGUGUCUGUGUAGUCUCUCUGUGACCACAGCUCAGCAGCAUGCAGGGCACUGUAGCCAGUGUAUUACAGGCCUGUGGGAUUUUCCUGACCCCAGCACAACUCACCAGAAGCAUUGAUAUCACAUUGCCCACGCAACACAAACACUAGUGUUUUUGUCAUCUGCACCAAUAUGCCAGUGUUUGGUUUGGCCUGGACACUGAUUUCUUGUGGCAAUAUCUCAAACGAGCCACCUUAUCUCCAAUAGCCAGAAAAUGGGCCGCAGAGCGCCAGAACUUAAAUAUAGGCUUAAAAUUAGGGGAGGUUUGCCGUGCUGUAGUUGCAGGAUGUUUGUCUGUUGUUUCCUGGGGUGUCAGAACGUCUUACAUCAAGUCUUAUCACAGGAGAUGGUGAGACAGCCAUUGCGUCAGGGCAUGAUGUAAACAUGAUGAGAAUUACGCUCUUAUUUGAUUCCCCGAAGUGCUAGCGUCUGUGUUUGACAAACGCACCCAUCCUGUGUAUCUGUACUGUACAUGCACUGCAUGUACACCGGUCUGCUUUUGUAAGAACUGUGGACUUGUCUUGUGUAUAAUGUUGUCUGUCUAGUAGUCUUUGUUGUUUGUCUGUCUGGUGCAGUGGUGUCUGUGUUGUAUGUUCUCCGGGUGUAGCAGGCCAGACCAAGCAGGGUUGGCAGCUUCCUGGUUUAUUUAUUUGAACAAGAGACUGUGCUCCUUUCUCUCCUCUGCUCCUCCCUCAGGUGGCGACUGUGUUUGGUGUUUGUUCUCUAAUCCAGCUGUAGGGAUGAAAGGAAAGGAGUGAUGUUGGUGUACUGACAUGCACACAGAUGGUGUGUGUUUGUCUGAAAUAGCAUGGCCUUCUAUCUCUGUCGUCAGAGGUAUACUACGAUAUAAGAGGAUCUGCUCUCCCCCAUUCAUGGUUCUGAACACUGAGUGUGGUCCAGACACGCUGGAGCAGAUUGAGAAGCAUGGACUCACAUUCCCCUUUAUUUGCAAAACACGAGUAGCCCAUGGAACCAACUCCCACGAGAUGGCCAUCAUUUUCAGUGAGGAGGACCUGAAGGGCGUGAAGCCUCCAUGUGUGAUCCAGAGCUUCAUCAACCACAACGCGGUGCUCUACAAGGUGUUUGUUGUGGGGGAAUCCUACACGCUGGUGGAGAGACCAUCCCUGAAGAACUUCCCUGCUGGACCAGCAGACAGAAAAGCAAUUUUCUUCAACAGCCACAACGUAUCAAAGCCAGAGUCCUCUUCAGACCUGACAUCUAGGGACAACGUGGAGGGGGUCUCCCAGCCACCCAGUGAUGAUGUCAUCAGAGAGUUGUCCAGGUCCUUGCGACAGGAGUUGGGCGUGUCCUUGUUUGGCAUUGACGUCAUUAUCAACAACCUUACGGGUCAACACGCCGUCAUCGACAUCAAUUCAUUCCCUGGUUACGAGGGUGUCCCAGAGUUCUUCAACGAUCUCCUGACCCACAUCACCAGUGUGCUCCAAGCUAACUCCGCUGACAGCCCCCCAGCCAGCGGGCAGCCCAAAGGCCUGGUAUCCACAGCCCCCAGCCUAACCCCAACCCCUGGCUCCCCAGGCUGCUGCAGCAUGCUGGGGAAGGAGGCCAGCAGCAGCCCCUGGAUCGUGGAGGCGGAUGGGAACCUGAAGGGCCCCCGCCAGAGACUGGGCUGUAACUCAGCGAUGUCCCCCAACUUCCAGCAACACUGUGUCUCCACGAUAGCCACCAAGGCUUCCUCCCAAUGACUGCCCUCCUCUUCCACCUUAGCCCCCACCCUGUUCUAACCUCGAACAAAAACCGAUGAGGAUUAUAAUGGUGACAAUAAUUAAUAAUGGUCAUAAUUAUGACAUUAAUUUGAAUAUAUCUGUAAUCAAAAACCAACUUUUUCUAUGUAGAUAUUGAUGAUGGUGAUUGGUUGUAGAUGCUUUUCUCUGCCUUUUAGAUGUUUUGUUUAAUAGGACUUACGUACUGUAAUGUGAACUUUUGGGAUCUCUGCUUAAUUGCUGAUUUUAGUUUCUCUCUGUGAAGUCUCUUUAAUCAAGUGGUCCACAUGAGAUGGUUAGGGGAAAGAUCUUGUCUGAACUCUUGUCUACAGCAGUGAAGGAAAAAGGCAACUUAACAUCCUGUGUUCCAUAUGCACUCACGGUUCCAGUGAUGUCUUUCUUUUGAUGUUUACCACUCUGUCAUAUAGUGGAGAAGGGAUAAAAAGUUGUUUUAUUGUCACAUACACUGGAUAGGUGCGGUGAAAUGUGUUGUCUGGGUACUAUAACACUCAUCCACAGGUUUGGAGCAGCUGCCAGUGCUAAUGGCACGCAGAUCAACUGACUUAAAGAACCCACUCGAUCAUUUCCAAAAUCACAAGCAAGUCAUUGGGGUCUUGAUUGACAUUAGAUAUGAUGGAAUUGAACGCUGGUUGCUUUGUGUACCAUUUAAUUAACAAUGUGCUUUCUUUCAUGUGCAAGGCUCUUGUCAUGUGAAUUUCAUAGUCUUCACAACAGCAGAAACAAAAUAGAUAUUAAUCAAGAUGCAGUACAUGCAGCACGAAAGGCUGAAAAUACCUGCAUAAACCUUUGAUCACACCUCAUAUAAAUGUUUGUCAUCAGAAAAAGAAAUCUUUGAUCAUGUGACCAAGUUUAAUGUGGGAUAAUGUUUAUAAAAGCCUUUGAGUGUUUGUCAGAUGUGGUUGGGGUUUAUACAGGUGUUUUAUGUGACUGUAAACCAGUCCAUUUCCUUGCCUCAUAACUUGAGUUGUGUUGCUCCAGCACUGCUGAAAGAUGAGGAUCACAUUCCUUUUUGUAUGUGGGUGUUUUCAAAAAGUAUUCCAGCAUUCCAAUGCUUUAGUGAAAAAUGACUUUUAUGGAAUUGAAAUGAAAUGGCAUGCUGAACUCUCAUUCUCUCUCCCUCCAUUACUACUCAUUCAAAGCUCAAUUCAACCUCUGGGCCUCUAAUACAGUUUUCAAUUGGUAUUGUGUUCAGAAAACUAACUCUUACUCCACAAAUGUCUAAUUGAAUGAUAUAUAUUUAGCCAACUAAAUUAACACAUUUUUGACCAUGAAAUGAAUGUCUUGAUUACAAUGCUAAGGAUUCUUUAUUUUCUUUUUACUUUGUCUUAUUGACAAUACAUCAUUUUAAACGGACUGCUGGCAUCUAGUCAGCCCAGUGCACUCUUAUAUAGCCGGUAACGUCAGUCUCCAAACUCCCUGUAAGCAUCAGCUGCUGUUAUUUUGAGGUGUCACAAAAUGUAAAGAAAAAAGAAAUCUGAUUUUUCUCCCAAUGUUCAUGGUGAGAUCCUUUUUUAAAAACAUAUUUUGUUCAUGGGGGGGUGUAUUUUUAUAUAGUGGAGAAGAGCGAGUGAACAACAGGAUUUUUGUUUUGUUUUUUGUCAUGAGUAGUAUGAUGGUGGUUUGGCAAAUUAAAUGAUCAAGACCAAGCUUAGUUGUCACUGGCUUCACCCUUAGCAUCCAGUUGAAGUGCCUGGAAAAGAGUGCAGGGCUGCCAACUCUAUGUAAAAAGAACAGGGUGUUUCAAGCACUGCUUCAUCACAGGCUGACAGUGAAUUGACAAGCUUAUCAGAGGUUACUUAGCCCCAAUGACCAGGUGAGUGACUGACCAUCUAGUGUAGCCAUUCAACUUGCCCUCCAGAACAAGAGUUGGGUAGCAGUGGUCCUAAAGCCUUCCUUAUUGAAGGACACAUCCUCAACCCUGUGUGGGUGAAGUGAUCAAGGAGAGAAUGUCUUAACCAAGCCAUGCCCAGUAUGUUGUGGAAACACUGCAAUCUCUAUACUGUGUGUUCUGCAUCUAAAUGGGAAAUAUUACCCCUACUUACUACCUUGUUAAUUUCUCCAACCCUGACCGUCAUUGUGCUCUCCACUUCCACCUCAAUGUUUACUUGAAAUGUUACUAUAUAUAUAUGUGUUUGCAUAUAUAAAAUACACAUAUGCAUACAUUUUUGUAAAAGUUCUCUAAAGAAUAAUUACUACAAUGUGACUUUUUUAUUAAAUGGCUAAAACAGGGUGAAAAAUAACUGAUUUUUAAAAAAACCUUGCGAGAAAUUGCUUUUACUGUUCUAGUGCUUUAGUCCAGAAUAACAUCAUGUAUAUUCUUGGUAAAAGUAAUUAAAUUCAUUCCCCCAAA